ACUUGAAAAUGAACCAUUAUCCAAAAACUAAACACUGUGCCAAGUUUCAGCUUGUAUAGACCGUUCUAGACAAGUUGAGGGUUUGGAAUAUAGACAGUGCUACUUGAGUCCUUGGAGGUCAACACCGACAGUUGUAGACUACUUGAGGGUUUUGGGUGUACAUAGACAGAAAGAGACUACUUUUUUUCUGUCAAUGUAGAAAGUGCUUGGAGGUCUGUAGAAAGUGCUAGUUGAGGCUUUGGUGAUCUAUAGACUGUGCUAGUUGGGGGUUUCUGGUCUAUAGACGGUGCUAGUUGAGGCUUUGGUGAUCUAUAGACUGUGCUAGUUGGGGGUUUCUGGUCUAUAGACGGUGCUAGUUGAGGCUUUGGAGGUCCUGUGUGGUGAGGGAUGUAUUCCCUGAGAAAUGUGAACCCCAUGGUGAGAAGGAUCAGAGUCUCACCACAGAGCGCGCUACAGAGACGUUCAGAACAGAUCACUGCACUACUCCAACAGGGAGAGCAGAAACCAUUCAAGGAAGUUAUUGACAUUAGCUCAGGUGAUUCACACAAGACCGGGAUAAAACCAAUCUCCUUUGUGCGACAGGUCCUGUCGGUCUGUCUGUACCCUGAGCUCCUGCAUGAUGACACACUUCCUGGGGACGUCAGGCAGAGAGCCCAGAGGCUGCUGGGAGAGUGUGAUGGGGGCAGUGUGGGUUCAUACACAGACUCCUGUGGGCUGCCUCAUGUUCAGCGCAGCGUUGCAGAGUUCAUCACUGGGCGAGACGGAGGAGUGCCUUCCUAUCCCCGCAACAUCUUCAUCUCUGCUGGCUCACAGACAGCUCUGAAAGUGAUGGUAAAGCUGUUGGUGAGAGGGGAGGGUGUGUCCCAAACGGGUGUGUUGACCCCCCAGCCCUGCCCCCACACCCUGCCCAUGCUGCUGGAGGAGGUAGGGGCUGUCCUGGUGCCCUACCAGCUGAGAGAGGAGCAGGGCUGGGCCCUGGAGCUGGGGGAGCUGCACCGAGCCCUCACCGCCUCUAGAGGACACUGCAGGCCCAGAGCGCUCUACAUCAGCAACCCUGGUAACCCCACUGGUCAUGUACAGAGCAGGAAAUCUAUAGAAUGGGUGAUUCAGUUUGCUGCAGAAGAGAGGCUCUUCCUAUUGGUCAAUGAGGUGUAUCAGGACUGUGUGUAUGGGGAGGGCAGGGAGUUUGUGUCCUAUAAGAGGGUCCUGUUUGAAAUGGGUCAGCAGUACUCUGAGAUGGUAGAGCUGGCCUCCUUUCACUCCAUAUCCAAUGGCAUCAUGGGAGAGUGUGGGCUGCGUGCAGGGUACAUGGAGCUGGUGAAUGUGGACCCAGCAGUGAUGGUGUUUGCUGAGACCCUCCUGUGUACUGACAUCAGUACUCCCGUCAUAGGACAGAUCGCCCUAGAAAUAAUGGUUAACCCUCCCAGACCUGGAGACCCCUCCCAUAACAAGUAUACACAGGAGAUUCUGACCAAUCGGAUCACCCUGGCCCAGAAUGCUCAGCGGGCUUGGGAGUUUCUGAUUGGUCUUCCGGGGGUGAGCUGUCAGCCAGUGACGGGAGGUAUUUUUAUCUACCCCCAUCUGAGCCUUCCCCCUGAGGCAGUGGAACAGGCCAAGUCUGACGGACUGGAGGCAGAUGUGCUAUACAGUCAGACCCUACUCGAUGAGGAGGGUGUGUGUGUGGGAGCAGGGUGUGAGCAUGGGCAGAGAGAGGACAAAUACCACAUCAGACUGUGCGUGCUGAUCCCCUCUGCCACUCUAGAGAAGGUCCUGGCACGCCUCGGCUCGUUCCACCUGCACUUCCUGGACCAGUUCUCCCAGCAUGCAUAGGGACCGAAAGUCACAGUCUGCAACAGACAUCUCCAGGACAGGGAACUGGACUGAACAGAAUGUUCUGAACACAUACUACUGGACAUCUACCAAAGAGAGAGACGAAGGCCAUAUACAUGAUUAAUUAUAGUGAACCUCUGAGUAAACAAAUGUAAUAGGUCUGGACUCUAUUUCGCAUAAAGUUAAAAAAAAUUCA